AUGAGUAAUUUUGCUCAUCGGAAGAACUGUUGCUAUCAUUCAAAGGAAAAUAUGAUGAAUGAAAGAAUAGACUCCAGAGAUAUGGUUAUGGGACUGAUGUUCUUAUCACAGAUUGUAGUAGGAAUCCCGGGAAAUUUCUCUCUGCUUUAUUAUCAUUUAAUUCUUUUCUGCAAUGAGUACACCCUGAGGUCCAGAGAUUUGAUUCUCAGGCACCUGAUUAUAGCCAACUCCUUGGUGCUUCUCAGUAGAGGAAUUCCCCAGACAAUGACAGAUUUUGGAUUGAAAUAUUUCCUCAGUGAUUUUGGAUGCAAACUCAUUUUGUAUAUACAUCGAGUGGGAAGGAGUAUGUCCAUUUUCAUCACCUGCCUCUUGAGCGUCUACCAGAACAUCACCAUCAGCCCCAUGAAUUCCUGUUGGAAGGAUCUCAAAGGAAGAGCUCCAAAGUACAUUGGCUUCUCCAUUUCCCUCUGCUGGGUACUGUACAUGGUGGUGAAUUCCAUUUUUCCUCUAUAUAUGCUCAGCAAAAGGAACAGUGUAAACACAACAGAGAAAAGAGAUUAUGGUUACUGUUCUUCUGUAAAUUGUUAUAGAAUCACAGACUCAGUAUAUGCAGCAUUGUUUGUAUUUCCUGAAAUGGUAUUGUCCUUGCUCAUGAUCUGGUCCAGUGGCUCCAUGGUUCUCCUUCUGUACAGGCACAAGCAGAGGGUUCAGCACAUCCACACCAUCAAAGUUUCCCCCAGAUCCUGCCCUGAGUCCAGAGCCACCCAGAGAAUCCUUGUCCUGGUGGGCACCUUUGUGACUUUCCACACCCUCUCCUCCCUAAUACAUUUAUACAUUGCUCUAUUUUCCAACAUCAUUUGGUGGGUGGUGGUCACCAAUGACCUGAUUUCACUGUGUUUUCCCACUGUCAGCCCCUUUCUUCUCAUGAGCCGAAAAUCCACUAUAAAAACUCUGCAGUUAGCCUUUCAGAUUGCCAUCUUUCAUUGA